ACAAAUCUCUUGAGCUUUGUUAUAGCGCGCGGCGCAUUACAUCCCAACUUAAGGUUGGUUGUACUGUACGUAUCAGAUGAAUACUGAGUACUACAUUGUAGCUUUUGUUUCUUAUUUGAGUACACCACGUCUUUCUAACUAGAUGGACUGCACUACUCUAGAUCUGACGAGCUAAGCCAUCUGCUACGUUAGUUUCAUGGUCUGAUCAGUUACUACUUGAAGCAGUUUACUUCUAUUUUCCCGACGAGUGUAUUUUUCUAAGGUGAUCGAACACUAGAAAUCAUAAUGCACAGUACUCCUUUUGGCCAAGAAAACAAUCUCUAGCAAACACCCUACGAAAGGUGGUGGUGAACAAUUGCCGCUAAUGUCUAGGGCCUUUCCCGGACCGAUUUUUGGGCAGCCUUGGAUAGGCCUACUUUCAACAGCUUGUAAUAUGGAACGUCUAAGCAUUCUAUAUCUGUAGGGGCGCGCGAGACGUGGUUCACAUUCCAGACGGCACUGAUAUCAGAACGACAAAAGUCAUCAAGGUUUCAUGCAGAACUUUUGGAACUGCAAUAUGGACUUGACAAUUAGCGCCCUGUGGAUGGCAUUAGCUCUUUUUUUCAUCACUACAGUACUCACCAAAAUUGCAAAUGGAAGAAUCACCUAUGAUCCUGUGUGUACACUACCACCUCCACCUGAGGUGAGGGGUAUUGCUCUUUUGAGACUCUUACCUACUCUGUGUACAAAGGGCCCUGAAGCAACAAUGCAUGAUUUGUAUAAUAAGUUCGGCAGUAUCUUCACAAUUGGCUUUGCUGUAGAUUACAAUACUCGAAUGGAGCAAACUCGUUUCCUUGUUGAGUCUCUGAGGCCAGCGCAACUAAGAAGCUAUGUUGAUCCCAUGCUUCAGGAAGUGGAGAAAUAUUUCGCAAAAUGGGGAGAAGAAGGGGUAGUCGAUCUGAAACAUGAAUUUGAGGAACUACUUAUGUUGAUUUCAAGUCGAUGCCUUGUCGGAAAAGAGGUCAGAGAGAAGAUGUUUGGCCAGUUCUGCAAAUUGUUUCAUGAAAUUGAGGAAGGUGUGAACUUUGCCAGUUUCAUGUUCCCAUACAUCCCUAUUCCAGUAAAUCGUCGGCGUGACAGAGCACGGAUCAAGCUUACAGAAAUACUAUCUGAGGUUGUUAGGUCACGCAAGAGCUUCAAGCGUGUCGAGGAGGAUGUGCUCCAGAGAUUUAUUGAUUCAACAUACAAAGAUGGCAGGGCCACAACCAUAGAAGAAGUCAGCGGGAUGAUCCUUGCCUUGAUCUUUGCGGGAAAGCACACAAGCGCAACGACUAGCACGUGGACUGGAGCUUGCCUUUUGAGCCAUGAGAAUUUCUUAGAUGCUGCUUUAGAGGAGCAAAAGUGUAUAAUUGGAAAAUACAAUGACAAGAUAGACUACCGUAUAUUGUCAGAGAUGGGCACUCUGCACAACUGCAUCAAAGAGGCGGCACGUAUGCACCCUGCAUUGCCGACGUUAGUCCGCCAAGUAAAAAAGAAUAUCAUCGUUCGCGGAAAAGAGGGCAAUGAAUAUGCCAUCCCCAAAGGUAACAUCUUAGUAAACCUUGUAAUGGUGAACGGUAUGUUGCCACACAUUUACAAGGACCCUGAGGUGUUUGAUCCAGAUCGAUUUCGUCCUGGAAGGGAGGAGGACAAAGCUGGUGGUAAAUUCUCUUACACGUCUUUCGGUGGUGGCAGACAUGCAUGUGGUGGCGAGGCUUAUGCCUACAUGCAAAUUAAAAUUAUAUUUAGCCAUAUGCUGAGGAAUUUUGAACUCAAGCUCAUUUCUUCUUUUCCCAAGCCAGACUGGACCAAGUUUAUGCCAGAGCCUAAAGGGAAACUCAUGGUGAGCUACAAAAGAUUUCAGCUGCCUAGCAACUAAGAUAUUUCAUAGGCCUCAACGCGUAUUUUCGUGGAUGUAUCUUUGUGUGCGUGUAGCUUUCCUACGGGCUAAGGCAACGGGUAUUGUUACUUCAGUCAUGUGUUUACUUUGACAUCAGCUACAAUUUAUUCAACCGUUUGGCCGGUAGUCCUAGGCGGUCCUAUUAUGUAAAAGUUCAAAAAUAACGAAGGGAGUGUAUUCUUGUUUA